AAACAAGUGAAAACAUAUGUGUAUUAUAUUGAUUAAAAUUAAAAAUAUACGAAAGACCUGACCAUUUCUUUGCUUACGUUCAUGGCAUCCGUAAUUCACGGCUCAUGUAGUAGUGUUAGUUACAGGUUUUUGAUGUAUAAAAAAUAGUUUACCUUAGAUCACGCUAUCUGUUAUCUAAGCUAUUAGUUGCCCUCUGUGGCAGGCCGUAUGUGCUAUUCACACUUCAUUAAUCACGUUUUAUUGACAUUAUCUUCCUUAAAAAUACUUUGAUAAAAUCCUUGAAAUGCUUCCCGUAUGUCACUACAGCCAACGUAAAUUACGCCACAUAACGCAGUAAAAGAAUGCAAAGUUCGGGCAUGCGCACUGCUCGAGUUGCCCGAGUUCUACCACAGUCUAGCAUGCUAUAACACAAACAACGGCAUCGGAAAGUCGCAUGAUAAUUCCUGAUUAAUGUUGAGAACAUUCUCUACUCGAAAAUAUUCAUUCCUUCAUGUUAACGCUGCAAUUUAUUUUAGUAAAUAUCCUAUGCGUGAGCCAAUAAAGUUCAAUUACAGUAUCGGUUUCGAAUAACUAUUCGGUGAUUUCGGGCUGGGUUACUUUCCUGAGUUCGCUUCCACACCUGGCAACAGGCUCCAGUCUACUGUAACGUCAACCUCGCGUAUACGCUUUAUGGAAAAUUUUUGCUGGUUUACGUGACUGGUGGAGUAACGCGGUGAGCGUUUGCUUUCGUUUGAAUAGCAAUUUUGUCAAUUGGGUUAUUGGUGAAAACGUGAAACACUAUUCCUAAAAUUUGAUAAGGGAUAUUUCGUGAGAAGACAAGACUGUAGAAAGUAUUGCUUUAAAGUAUUUGUCAGCGUUAGGUAAUGUUGCAAUAGUAUCCGGAAGAGCGUUGAAUGUAUGACACGUCGUUUACUACUGUGAGAAUACGCCACAUUUGUAAACAACUUGUUUCAAGAUGUCUAAGAGUGAAGUAAUACAGAAUCCACCAAUUGAAAAUAAGUCUCUUUAUGUUCCUCCUCUGGAAGAACUGAAAAAAGUUCUUGGCAGUGGCCUCACAAGCAAUUUUGCAGACGUCAUUGUUGAAGUCGUGGACUGUCCAGAUUUAACGCAGCAACCUUUUACCUUGGCAUGCAAGGGUCUUUGUGGAAAACCCCGUCUUGUUGAAAUUGGUGGUGUUCCAUAUCUUGUGCCCUUAGUGAAGAGAGAGAAACUGUAUGAUCUUAAAUUACUUGGAAAUCAUGCAGAGCUUAAUCCAGCUUUCAUCAUUGGUGCAGGUGCUGGACCAUGGCCACAUGCUGGUGUUAACUGUGAGAUGAUGGCCAACAUGGAACUUGAAAAUGGUAAAAUUAAUAAUCAGACACGAAUAUCUAAAGUCAGUCAACAAGAUGACAGCUGCAUACUUGAGAUCCUCCCAAACAGUGAAACCAGGUGUGCACUUCUGGCAAAUCUUUUUUGUUGUGAAGGGAAACCAGGGAAGGUCCUGAAGAUACAUUGCAAGAAGAGAACAGGAAAGUUUGACUUUAUAGCCAGCAUACGAACAACACUUACCAAGCACUACAGUGACAAAGCUGUGGGGCUUGGAGGAACUUUUCUUUUAAAACAAGGAAAAGCUAAACAGCACAUCAUGCCAGAUUUCUCAACAGUGCCACUCCAGUCUGAUGAAGAUGUUGAACGUUGGUUGAAGUUUUAUAACAUGUCAGCUCCACUAAUUGCUGUAGGAACAUUAAUAUCAGCUGAUCCGGGUUUAGAUUUACGAGUGCAACAUUUUCAUAGCUUCAGUCACCAUGGAGAAGGUGGACACUACCACAUAGACACAGAGCCUGACACAGUGGAGUAUCUGGGUUAUUUUUCUGUGGCUGAAUGCAUCUAUAGAAUUGACAGACCAAAAGAAACCCACAUGGUUGGCAGAGACUAGUAUGUAACAGUAAUAAUUCCUGAGAGACUGUGUAUUACGUAGUUGCAGGAUAUGGGGCUCUCAGUAAUAAUGAAAUGUUUUGUAAGUACUACAGUGACAGCCUUUCAUACCACAAAUUAAUAACAUUCAGCCAUGAAAUGUAUUUUGUUUGCAAAUGAAUGGUUUUUGGGAAUAGAGACAGAAGAUUGACUUUAGCCUGCAAAAGCGAAAAGUUUUUGCUGGAAGGCAGUAUGUGUAUUAAUGUUUUUCAGUGUUUCAUGAAGAAAUUGGACUAUGACUUGCAAAAAAAUAAAUCAGAAGCGUUUUCAAAUUUA